GUACCGUGUUUUGCAAAUAUGGCGUAGGUUUCUACAAAAUGCAGUGCUAGAUAAUUUUGUAUUUUACAACUCUGAAAUUCAAAUAAAAGACAUGGACUUAGUAUAGGGUUUUUUCAAGUAUUACAGUGACAUUGGAAUUUAAAUAGGAAAUGUGAUUUUUGCGCAAUGUAGGUGUUAACUAGUACAAAAUAUUUUUACACAAAUCAAAAUAAUCUUGUUCGACUGCUAAUAACGGGCCCAAGAAUUGUCUAACUAGAGGAUAAAAAAACUGUGUUAAUUGUUUUGACGUCCCUAUUAGAAAACUCACAAAAAUUAUAAAAAUGGGUAAACAAAACAGCAAACUGAAACCUGAGGUUCUGGAAGAUCUAAAGCAAAAUACUGAGUUUUCAGAUGCAGAGAUUCAAGAAUGGUAUAAGGGUUUCUUGAAGGAUUGUCCCAGCGGUCACCUGUCAGUUGAAGAGUUCAAAAAAAUAUAUGGAAACUUCUUCCCCUAUGGAGACGCUAGUAAGUUUGCAGAGCACGUGUUCCGCACAUUCGAUGCUAAUGGUGACGGGACUAUAGAUUUCCGGGAGUUUUUGUGCGCUCUGAGCGUCACCUCUCGUGGCAAACUCGAACAGAAGCUGAAGUGGGCCUUCUCUAUGUACGAUCUGGAUGGGAACGGUUAUAUCUCGAGACAGGAGAUGCUUGAAAUCGUGACAGCUAUUUACAAAAUGGUUGGAUCGGUUAUGAAAAUGCCCGAAGAUGAAUCUACUCCAGAAAAGAGAACAGACAAGAUAUUCCGCCAGAUGGAUAGAAAUAAAGAUGGGAAGUUAUCGCUGGAGGAGUUCAUAGAGGGCGCUAAAAGCGACCCCUCGAUUGUACGGCUAUUGCAAUGCGAUCCACAAUCCCAGUGAUAUCUCCGUUAUUAACAGCCAAAAACGUUUACUAUCUCCUAUAAGCUUGUACAAGCUAGUGCUGUUACCGUUAGCACACAUCCGGGCUUGGCUGUUUUCUUUUUAUUGCGUUCUAUACGGCCUUCCCUAUUCAUAUCCUAGUUUAUUAAUGUAAUUGUAAUUUUGUGAUUUGGAAUUAGCGCAAAAGCAUAGGUCCUAAAACUAAGCUUGGUAAACAUUUUACUUUUCAAUAUAAAAUAGUGUUGUAUUUUAAUAAGGACUUGGAUAUCGACCCACCCGAAUAGUUGUGUAAUUUAGAAAUCGCUUACUUCAUGGGGCUUUGAGGCUUUUGCGUUAUCUCUAAAUCGCUGUUCGUAUUAUUGUAACACAUAAGUGUUUAAAAAUAUGUAUAUUAAUUAUAACCUUGUACCCAAACACCAAGACAACAAUAAUUACGUAUAAAGUAUGCAAUAACCAAAAAUAUUACGAGAUAAUAAGUAUGAUGUGAAUAAUAACAACAGAAACUCACAAGAUGACAUCACAGCCGUAGUGAAUGAACAUUAUAAUUGGCAAUAAAAUAAGAAUAUCUUACGAAAUGGCUGUAAGUAAAAAUAAUAAUAAUAAUAAUUAAAAAUGUCUCGUAUAGCUAGAGUAUAGCUGACUUGUCUUCAAUAUCAUGUGACAAAUGUUCGCAAUGAUUUUUGUGUCUUCAAAACAAUUCUAAAUUUUAUUAUGUAUAUUAUAAUGUUUAAUGUUAGGUACCAUAUAACCUUAAGGUAUAUCGAUUAUACACUACAAAUUACUCGUUUACAAUGAUCUGUUAUAAUAUGUAAUGUGUAUGCAUGAAUGUAUGUAAUGUUUUAAUUUUAGAGUCAUCGCUUAUUUUGUCAUGUACCACGUGUGUCGUAUUGAUUUUCAUAACAUCACAAUUGUCGAAGUUCGAUGCCUUCCAUUUUUAUUAGAAGUAUUUAUAAGACACGGAAAAUUUGUUGCAAACAAAGGGGACUCUUUAAAGGGGACCAUAAUAAUGUUUUAAUUCGAUUCAGUUUAUUAGACGAUUGCGGUGAAUUCCGCUAUCAAAUAUAAUAAAAAAAAAGAAAUAUGAUCUUCGAGGAACAAUACGAAUACAAUUUUGUAGUCGAAACUGGAUUUGAAUUACCUCUGUUAUGGAUUUAUUAAUGACAACCAAAGUUUAUAUUUUGCAAACAAACAAUAUAAGUAACAUAUUUUAAUUAUUUCAACUGACAUCUUUACGAAGGCAGCAACAAUAAUGACUUAUCACAAUGUAUGCUUAUUGUAAUUUAAUAUCAAUUAAUUCAUCACGUAUUAUAAUUAAGUUUAAUUUUUUUUUUUAUAUAAAUUUAUUAAGUCAGCUUUAGUAUUGCUAUUAAAUAAUGUUGUAUGUGUAUUAUUUUUGAACAUUAUUAAUGGUAUUAUUAUAAAAUUAACAACAUUUUAAGAAACGAAAGAAUAAUGUAACCUCCGUUUAUUUGUUGCAAUUACUUUUAAUCUUCACGUUAUAUAGACUUAUGAUAACAUGGUUUAACUUUAUAAUGAAAGUUCUGCGUUAAUGAUAAACGGAUGCUAUGUUAUACUUGUCAUCGAUCGUGUGUCUGUUGUAUUGCUUUAUAUUAGUUAGAUGACACGUUAAAAGACGUUACAUAAAGAGUUUGCACCAGUUUUUAUAUUAUUGACAUGAUAUCCAUUGUAAGGUUUUAUUGAAAUUUUAUUAUACAAAGUACAUUUUAGUACAUAUACAUUAAAAAAAUCCGUAUAAAUCAUAUUCUAAAACGAAACGCUAGAUGAUUAGAUAAUUCCAUGACAAUAUUACGAAUACUAGUUUUAAUCGCUAGUUUUGAAAACCGGAUCUAAUUAUACAAGAUAACCUGCUUCCAUACAGUCUCAAUUUUAUGAUUAUCGUUUAAAUGAUAAAGAUACCUUCUUGUACACAGAUCAUUGAAUUACUUGAAUCUAUAUAUUUGUAUCUAUCCAUUUAUUUCAACUGCGUGAUUGUUUUUUAUUUUUAAACUUAGUGUCAAUCAAUUCAUAUUGAGACUUAUCGCUCUUUGUUUAUAAUCGAUUGCUUAUCAUAUUUCUUCUUGGUGCAUCACAUUCGUAUCUAUCGUCGGGGCAAACAUACAUUAUCCUACUUUUUAAAACUUCACAUAAUAAUAACAACAAAAACUUAUUCCGUUAUUAUAGAAUGAGAAGUCAUUUAUUUAAGUCAUACAAUUUAAUUUACCAUUUUGAAUCGUCAGUAUUAUUAUUUUUCGCUCAUUUAGGAGCCGCUUUAAUAUAAUAUUUUCAUUUGACAUUUAUCUGUAUCUCUCGAACAUUUGAUUAGCGCGAUUUUGUGUAUAUUUUGUCAUUUAAUAUGUGAUCAUUAAUUGUUAUGAAUUGUGAAUGGCACAAUAUCCCCGCACAACAAUCUUAUAAUAUUCUUUAAUAAUAUAUCACUUUAUUAUAAGCUUCAACUUUCAAUGUCUCUGAUCGUCGGUGGUUAUAUUAAAAUCUCUGCAAUACUAUUCGCAAUUUAUCUUUUUAUCGUGGAUAACUGUUAAUUCGAUAUGAAGUCCAAGAUAUAUAAGCAUUACAUUUAAUGGAAUCUAUGAAAUAAUUAUUGGUGUUUUAAAUUAACGCUUAUAUAUAAGGUCGAAUUGAUAUAUCUACUACCUAAAUUGUAAUUUUUAUGUGGGCGAUGUGUGUGGACUAUUAUUAAUUUGUUUUCUGUAUUAUUUAUUAUCAUCUGUAGUCGAGUAUUAAAGUAACCUUGCUUUAUUUCAUAUUAUACAAAAAUUGCCUUUAAAUGCCGCAUUACACAUACCUACGCUUUAAACUUUUCUUCGGACAAAUGUCAUUUAAUAUAUUAUAUUUUAAAAACGUCUAUAAAGAACGUCUUUCGGACCCAUGUUUUUGUUUACAAACUUAUAAUUAUCUAAUAUAUCAUAUGUUUGAUCCUGUACAUAGUGUUGUAAUGUUCGUUGUUGUGAAGACGUAAUUUAGAUUCUUGCCUUAAAAAUCAUAGUGCUUGUAAUCCCCAAAACUGAUUUUUCAUCACAAUACCAAUAAAUGAGAUUCAUCAUAACAUACAAUUAACGAUGAUUGUUAAGUCACUGUGUGAAAAAAAGGAUGUCUCAUUUAUAGUUGAGCUUUUUGGUUUUAGCUCGUGAUUUAUGCAUAUUAUGGUCUUCCACAUAAAACUGUACAAUAAGGCAACCAUACGAAAUCUUACUUUUUAAUUGAUACAUCACAACUAAUGCACUUGUUUAAGUCAUAUUGUUACAGAUACAAUGAAUUGUCCAUGGAGUCCAGAGAACAAUGUUUAGUAUUUCAAGUUGACAUAAUAUAUAUCCUUAUUAAUAUAUUUCGAAUGAUAUAGAAUUUUCAUAGAAAUAAUUAACAAUCUCACAAACAUACAUACAUGUAAACAAAAAGCCUCUUUGAUUUUAUACACCUAUAAGGAAUGUGUGAUUGCCAUAUUCUAACUAUAUUUAUUGAUACAAUACCGUCUACCCUUUAAAGCAAUAAAAGUUGUAGCCUUAUGAACAUUUCAAGGACAUUUGAUGUAGUCGAUUGACUUAAAAGCAAGGAUAAAAUUGGUAUAUAGAUAGAUAAAUUCAAUUAUAUAUUUAUUUUAUCGUUGCUAGUAACAUAUAAUAGUUGUAACUGUCUUUAUUACAAUGUCUAUUAAGUGUCUUUGCUACUGUUCGAUAUUAAUUUAAAUGUGGUUUGUAGUUUCAGAGUUUAUUAUGUAUCAUUCAUUUGCAUCUUCACAAACUAGAUGUUAAAGAAUCCGGACAGAAAUGCGAUCCGACAUAUAACGUGAACAAAUAAACAUAAAGACGUUAAGAGUUGUGAAAAUAUAGUAUUCGAUAUAUUUUAUAUAGAAGGUUUUUAGAAUGACGAUAAUAAAUUUCAUUUAUCGGUUGGUAUUUGUAGAUUGUGAUUACGUUAGGAGGUUGUUUUAGGAGAGUUGUUUGUAUAUUAGAUUUUAUGCUUAAUUAUAAUAGAUUAGCUGGCGAUACGAGUAGUACAAACGAACAGACUGUUGUAGUUCAAAGGAUAGGUAUUGUUGAUGCGCAUCUAGGAAACUGUAAUGGAAUUUAAAAAGUAAAAUAAAUAACGUGGCGGUUAUAUUGAAAGUCAGAUAAUGUAAUGGUUAUUGUUAGGCUAGCAUAUUAGUUAUUUCAAUCUUCUGAAAUCCUCCUUUUUUCAUUUGCCAUUGGUAUUUUAAUAUUUGAUACAUAUUUACACCUACGUUGCAAUUAUAUCUUCGUAAUUGUUCAUUUUUCCAAAGCUAAAUAAACAUUGUGGAAUAUAAGGGAUAAUUCUCUGAAUAAGCUUUCUAAAAUUUCUUGCUAAAUUAUAAUAACAAAAUAUAAUCGCGUUUACAGUCGUAAUCUAUUGUACUUUUGAAUACUGACUGGUAUUCACUGUAAAAACCUAUAAAAUAAUUCUCUUCUAAAACAAUUCCUUUUGUUGUUUACCCGUUUAAAAGUUCUGUCGUAAAAUUACCAACUUCUAUUGUUAUGAACUUCAAAUGUUUGUGUGCAGUUUAGCCAUUCGGGGUGGCAACCACGGCGCAUUCGAUACACUGUUGCCGCACGAAGCGGCAACGUCGCACAACCCCGUCAGAGAAUUUUGGUUGCAUCCGUAGAAAUAAUAUACCGUGGUUUUAUUCGAACUGGUAUUUAUGUUAAUGAUAUUUAAAUUGCAAACAUACAUUUGAGAACGACUAUGAAACUAGGGAUUUUUUUUUAUUACAUACCAAUUCAUUUACGGUCUUCCAAUAAAAUAAGAAACCACUGAACGAAUUUUGUGCUUAAUCUUUAUAUUAUUAACAUCGUCUUAAAUAUUUAGAAUGCAAGUCAACAGCUUGCAUGUCGAACAUGUGCACCGCAGUUCAUUUUAGCUGAAAUUGUAAUUGGGUGCUAAUAUUAUAUUUUAUCGGUACUAUGUUCAUCUUAAUUUUAUGUUUUUCCUAUGUCAUAUCGUUUUUUAUUUGGAAUCGUAAAUGCGUUUUGUAAUAAAAAAAUAUGGAUCUUACAUAUGACAUGUUUACAUAAUUAAUUUUUAUUAUUAUGUUCAUUACUCAAUUUUCAGUGACUACUCGAAACUUAUCUAAUUAAUUCCCUUAUCUAUCUAUCUAUCGAAGAAGAAGAAGAUCUAUCUAUGGUGCAUAAAUGUUCUAUCACAUCUAAUAAUAUUUCGAUAAACUAUAAUAAUUUUGUAGUUAUCAAUAUAUUGUAAUUAGUUUAGAAAUAUCUAUAUGUAAUUUUUGGUAAUGUAUUCAGACUACUGUUUACUGUUCUAAACUUUCUCCGUAGCAACAUUUCGGCGCUUGAUCAGUAUUUUUUUUGUAUAUCGACAACAGUACUCAUCACUUUUACUAUGAAUAUAAAAUAAUAUAAUAUUUAACAAUAAUUGAAGUACCUGAUUUUAAACAAACGAAUGUGUUACAUUGUUGCUACGAAAUGUGACCGAUAACAGAAUGCAAUGCUUCCAUUAAUGGAACGAAGUUGUAAUUUUUCAGUGACCAGAGAUAUCCUCUUAUAAAUCUACAAAAUAAGAAAACAACCGCGCGAAGGUGAACAACGGGUACAGUUUGCUACACUACUAAAUUUAUCUGUCUUAAUAAAGUUAGUAGUAACGACCACCUACUUAUGUAUUAGAAUGUUGUGUAAUACAUAUCAACUUGCUUAAAAACUUAAAUAUUUCCCAUUUUAGGUCAUUUUGCUAUAAAAGCUCUGCUUCUUCAGAUAUUUUAAAUUAUACUAAACACCUAUCUUCUUAAUUAUUAGCACUCUAGUUCUAAAAAAUUAAAAUGCGUUAUCUUAAUGUGAGAAUGUUGUGAAAUUGAGAUGUAACCCUAUUAAUAUGUUCGUUUCAAAAUAAUGAUGUUAUGAAAAUUGUUCUGUGUAGUCAAUUUGUAACUUUUAACAUUAUUUACUUUGAUCUAGUUCUGAUAAUGUUUUAGAUUAAAGUUAUAUCUAUUUAUUAAAUCUUUCUUCUCCCCA